CACACAGCAUGAAACAUCGAGGAUUUUGAGCUGAGGAUAUUUUCAGAGAUUCAAAGAAAACUUCCUGCUGUCAUUACAAGACAUGUCGAUCGCACAGAGUCCAGAUUCUCGGGGGAUGACAGGAGAAAGGAGCCGCAGUCAAACUAAUCCAUUGCCAUUCACCAGUGAAUUCACAAAGAAGCCGAUGACGAGCAGUCCACGCUUUGGUGCCUUGAGUCACCACUCAUUCUUCUCCCGACACAACCCUCAUCCGCACAGGGUGAGACAUAUUCAAGGACUCAAUGGUAGACCUGUUUGUAUGGUGAGAGAUGAUUGGUAUGUGACCUCAUCAUUAUUUCCUCAUCCACUCCUCAAGAGUCACGUCCUCAGGAAAGCAGCUGAACCAUCUGUCGCUUUUCAGUCUGCUCAAAAUCUAAAUGGAGUCAGUACCAGCAAAAGCAAAUCAGCACUGUUCUCAGAAGCCUGGAGGGAAGAACUUAAAGAACUCGCUGCAAAAGUCAGCUUGCCUUCUGAAGCACAAAAGGAUAAAAAGGAGCAACCUGAGGAAGAAUUUGUCCGUCGAAAGACCCAAUAUUCAGCUGAAACCGGGAGAAUCAUCCCUCCAUCUUCCAAGUCUUACCAACGCAGAUCCCAUUCUCAGCGCCUAUUGUAUCCUCAGCCCUUCCACGAUCAGGAGCUUAUGGUGUUGGAGCUACUUUGUCAGAUCCUGCAGACAGACUCUCUUUCCACAGUCCAGCAGUGGCUUCUUCUUGCAGGCCAAAGAGAGAAAGACCUGGUGAUGGGGAUGAUCAAACAAGCUCUUGAUGGUGUCGAGCUCUCAGCGUCUCCUCACCAGCUCUCAGCGUCUCCUCACCAGCAGAACCUUCAGCUAAACUUCUUUCUGGUAUUCAUGUGA